AUCGACGUAAAAAAUACCCCAAAGUCGGUCGUCGUGAUAAAUUACCAAAAUCAUUGUUGGGCUAAACUUAAAAGACCAAAUUGAUCGGUCUUGACUCUUGUUCGUAGAAGACCCUGGAAUAUCUCUCUCCGCCCCAAUGGCUUACGUUGAACGAGGUGUUGUGAAAUCCAAGCGAUCAAUAUGGCGGCUCAAGACUAUCACAGAUUUCUUCUGGGCUAUUGUUGACUUCUUUGGCGUGUUUUUUGCAACUAUGUUUUCGAUGGAGAAGUCGGAUGCUUACAGAAAAGGAUCUGGCGCUAGCAAGAAAUGGGAUGGUGGUGGGCCAGGAGGUCCUGGAGGGGGACCAUAUGGUGGCGGUCCUCGUGGGCCGCCUCGUGGACUAGACAAUGUUCGUGGAAUUGAUCAUAGUUCUUUACCUGCGUGCGGCUCUUGCUGCGGCUGAGUGUCAGAGGUAUCUAUUGUGCAUUAUCCAUAUUUGUGUCUCAAAUGGUAUGUUUGGGAAUGUGUAAGGAAUUACUUACCAAAAAAGAAAAAAAGAAAAAAAUUGAAAUGUGUAAGGAGUUGAAUUUGUGUAAUAUGUGGAUGUCCGUAGAUUUCUCAUGUGGACAAGUAUUGGGAAGGAAACCUAAAAAUCUUUAAUAAACCACGAUGUUGUUUGCA